GCACGCCCAGAGCUACAGCUCAAGCCAUGUGAGUGCACGGAGACCGGAUUGACCGACGGACAGCGUCCGGUCAUGAGCCUGGCGCGAUGGAGGCAGGCCGGCAGGCUGGCAAUGUCCCGCGGCUUCAGCAGCACCCAGUGGUGGAAUGAGGAGCUGGAGAAGCGCAGCCGAGCGCCGAAGCCGGCGCCGGAGGACCGCCCUCCCGAGAAGAAAGCUCCACCGGAGCGAGAGGACAUCGCGGGCGCGUUGGAUCUGCAGCUCUUCGCCUACCCCGAGAGCCGCGCCUGGCCCACGGCCACUUUGGCGCUGCUGGCGGUCUCGGCAGCGGCCACCUGCGCCAUCAGCGCCGCCUGGCGCCAGGUCUUGGGCGCCGACUCCGUGGAAGACCUGCGCGAGCGGCUGCAGAGCUUUUGGGCGCUGCUGGAGAAGUCUGGGGUCAGCUGGCAGCAGCUGCAGUGCGGGGAACUCCACCGCCUGGUGCUGUGCUCGCUGGUGCGUGCGGGCGAGCAGCCGGCGAAGUCGCUCAGCGACGCCGUGCUGCUGCUCCUCAGCGGCGCCCUGGUGGAGCGUCUCUACGGCGCUCGCUUCCUGCUGCUGCUGGUCGGCUCCAGCACAGUCCUGAGCAACGCAUUGGCUCUCGUCAUCCACAGCCAGCUCACAGAUUCCACUGCAGGCCUCAGCUCCAGCUCGGGCGGCCUGGUGGCGCUGGGCGCCUUCGCGGCCCUGCGCCACGGGCGCUGGGCGGCGGCGCCAGGCUUGCCUUUGCCCAUCGCCUGGCUCAUGGCGCCCAUUGUGGUCGCUGACCUCUCACUGGCCAGGGCAUAUGCGAGGGAUCUUGCUGAGUAUAGAUCCAGAGUCCUCUCGGACAAGUUUGAGACGCCGCAGGACGGGGAAAGUGCAGACACAGCGGACGGCCUUACAGGCUUCCAGCGCGCCGUGGCCCUCGCUGCCUGCCUGGGCCUCGAGGAUCGCGCGCGGGCAGCCUGCGUGGCGCCUUUGGAGGACGUGGUGGUUUGGCGCAUGGAGCUCGAGGAAGUCGAGGAUCUGCCACCGCCUCCGGAGGCUGCGAUUUGGGCCGACCUCUUGGGCGGUCUGUUUGGAGCCAGUCUGGCUCUCCUGCGAAGAUGACACAUGGUUC